AUGCUCUACAUUGCGCUUUACGUUCACUUCGCCAAUCCCACUGUUGGUGGUGGAACUUCUACGAGGGACAUCGUUGGGAUUAUCUGGAUUUACGGCUACGCCUUUGGAUGGUCCUUUGACCACCCCGUCGCUCCAUACGUCACCGCCGCUGAGCUCCUCCAUCCGAGAACCCGCUCCAUCAGCAUGUGUGAAUGUCUGUCCACCAACUGGCUCGUCAACUAUGGCAUCACUUAUGCCACGCCACGUAUGAUAAGAACUCACGCCUACCCCACUGAGGAUGAGAGGAUCCUCCAGGAUGUCCAGGAUCCCAUGGCUCAGGAUUCCAAGCUCCAGAAUCCCGACAACAAUAUCAAGACUCCCAUAACGGUCGCGCAUACCGAGAGGGUUGUGUACAUGGACGACCAUGUAGAGGUCGUGCACUAGUGACUUGAACGGCAGUGGGCGAGAGUGCAGAUUAUCGAUUGUGUAUGGAUGGCGAAGGUUAACUGGAACACACUGUUGCUUUCUCAAAUAAUGGAAGGACUUCAGUACAUGCUAGACACGGGGGCGGAGAGUAUGAUACCGUUUCCAGCUUCUGGAUAAGAGCUAUGCAGU